AUGGAGAAAAGUAAAAUCGACGCGCUUGGGGUCUCCGUUGCCUCCGUCAGAAGUGGUUGGGGUCAUAGGUUUUGGGUUGGCACAACACGAAAAAGACGUUGGAAGACGAACCCUAGGAGGAGGAAGAAGAAGGGUGUUGACACAUGGACAGAAGUAUUAUCAAAUGACCAGAAGCUUAAGGACCUAUUGUUAAAAACACACACGCUUUUCUCUCAAGAAAAAUGGAAUAAAGGGGGCAGGAAAAAGAAAAUUUCACUUGCCUGUCAGGAGACAAUUGCGGACAGGAGGCGAGAAACGGCGACUAGGGUGAAAUCGACCGCUGGGGACGCCAUGGACGCGGAGGCCAGCAGCGCUGGGCAGAGCUCCGCUGAGGUAGCCAGUAUGCUCCGCAGGUUCCUCGCCGUGCAGCAGCGCCGCGCCGAGGCUUACUCCAAGCUCCACAGGGGAUUCUCCGAAUAUAUGACAAAUGGAGGUGAAUGUGCUUACCAACAACUAUGCGGGAAUGUUACAGGGGAAUUCAAUGAUUGCUCAAAGCAGAUUCUUGAAAUGGUAGCCCUCUUAUCAGAGCCAAAAUUUUGUCAUGGUGACCUUGCCAACAUAUUGAAAGAUGUCCAAGCACAUGAGAGAGAUAAGUUGCAGCUGACGGCGCAGAUCCAGGUAUUGAAGAAAGCUGGUCGUCCGUCAGAGCGUCUGGUAAACCAUGAGCAUUGUAGGUCAAGCGGCAUGGCACAUGUGUGUGCAAACGUCAAGGAGAUAACUGAGGCUGCCGGUACGGAGGACGCAGAGGCGGACGCAGAGUACGAUGCCGCUCUCAAGGAGGCUAUACAGGGCAUUCAAAAGGCAGUAACCAGCAUAAACGAGCAUAUGGAGGAGGUGCGGUACGAGAUCGAUGCUCUCGAGGCUGAAACGAUUGACAGCAGGCUGGCUGAAGUUGAGGAGACCUUCCCUGGUACACUUCUGAUAAAGUAGAGUCGUAGGUGCUGAAGAUUGGAAGACAGGGAAGGCUUUUAAGCAGAGUUUGGUGCGAAACUAGUAUUCUUGAGCUGUUUAGCUGAACAUGACUAAAGUAGAACUUUCAAGUAUAUCAACUUGUGUUGUAGGUUAACUUAUCCUGUUCAUAUUCUUUGGUGAAAGGAAAGUGAAAUGGGAGUUCCUGUUUCUACUAACAGAACA